AUGUCACAAAUUAAACUGUAUUUUGACGAGACCAAUGAGGAGCAUCUCAACAGAUUGGAAUUUUGUCCAUCCUUGUACAGGAAGUCUGAUUAUGAAGUUGAGAGCAAGGAUGAUGUUGAUGCACCAUCGGUAGAGAAUGCCGCAACCUAUGACCCUCCAUACUACUUAUACAACCCACAUGUUAUGGUCUACUACUCAACCUACAAGAUCAAGAGAUUGAAUUUGAAAAGAAAUAGAGAGGAUGUCGUUAAUCCAGUAGAUGGUGGUACUGUAUCACUUGAUUGGUUCGACUUUGGAAAUGAAUUUGCCGAGGACACUCCAACUAUCUUGGUAUGUCAUGGAUUGACGGGUGGUUCCCACGAGCCCUAUAUCCAAUACCUUGCUCAUCAUGCCUACGAGUCCAAAGGAUAUCGCACAGUAGUGUUCAACAACAGAGGAUGUGCUGGAAACAAAGUUACUGCUGAUGUUGGAUACUGUGGCACCAAGAUUGAUGAUAUGGAGUUGGUCAUUGAGAAGAUUAAGGCCAAGAUACCAAAUGCACCAUUGUUUGUUGUUGGAUUCAGCUUUGGAUCAGUGAUCAUGGUCAACUACUUGAGUGCUCACGGACAUGACUCUCCAUUUUUGGCUCAUGUUUCAAUCUCAAACCCAUUCUGUUUGUACGAGAGCCAGAAGCACUUGAGCAACUCAUUCCUUGGAGGAUACAUCUAUGGUCAGGGAUUGGCAACCAGCAUCAAGAAGUUGUUCUACAAGUUUGGUGAUAGAAUUGACAAGUAUGCCACAAAGGAGCAGAUCCAAGCUGCCAAGUAUACCUACGAACUCGAUGAGUUGGUAACACACAAGAUGUUUGGAUAUGAGUCAGCCAAGCACUACUACUUGGAAGCAAGCACAAACAAACAUAUUCCAAAGUUGAACAAACCUAUCCUGUUCAUCAAUGCUGAGGAUGAUCCAUUGUACAAUAUAUCGACACUUCCAUUUGGAGAGAUCAAGAACAAUCCAAACACUAUAAUGGCAAUGUCCAAGAGAGGAAGUCAUCUGGGCUUCAUCAGUUACACUGAUUGGAAGUCAUGGUCUGAUAGGGCCACCGUGGAGUACCUCUCUACAUUCUUGUAA